GGCCGGGCGCCGUACUUAGCGCGGGGGCGGCCCCGGGAAGCUACGGCGGCUGCUCAGGCACCGGCACCAGCAUCGGCAUCGGCCUGGACGGUCGCAGGCUGCAGGCCCAGGCCCUUGGCGGCGGCGGCGGGCGGUGAGUCUAGGAUCCAGUUUCCAAAAUGUGGCAGCUUUUGGCCACCCUCAGCUGCCUGGUGGUGCUGACCAGUGCCCGGAGCGAUCUGCAUUUCCCACCUCUGUCGGAUGAGCUGGUCAACUUUGUUAACAAGCAAAACACUACGUGGAAGGCUGGACACAACUUCUACAAUGUGGACCUGAGCUACGUGAAGAAGCUGUGUGGCACCGUCCUGGGCGGGCCCAAGCUGCCCCAGAGAGCUGCAUUUGCUGAGGGCAUGAGUCUGCCUGAACGCUUCGAUGCCCGGGAACAGUGGCCAAACUGCCCGACCAUCAAAGAGAUCAGAGACCAGGGAUCCUGUGGCUCCUGCUGGGCGUUCGGGGCCGUGGAAGCCAUUUCUGACCGGAUCUGCAUCCGCAGCAACGGGCGUGUCAACGUGGAGGUGUCCGCCGAGGAUAUGCUGACCUGCUGCGGGGACGAGUGUGGGGACGGCUGUAAUGGUGGCUUCCCCUCUGGAGCCUGGAACUUCUGGACCAAACAAGGCCUGGUGUCUGGGGGCCUCUAUAACUCACAUGUCGGUUGCAGACCCUACUCCAUCCCUCCCUGCGAGCACCACGUGAACGGCUCCCGGCCCCCGUGCACGGGGGAGGGUGACACCCCCAAGUGCAGCAAGGUCUGUGAGCCCGGCUAUACCCCGUCCUACAAAGAAGACAAGCACUUUGGAUGCAGUUCAUACAGCAUCUCCAGCGGCGAGAAGGAGAUCAUGGCGGAGAUCUACAAAAACGGCCCAGUCGAGGGGGCCUUCUCCGUGUAUUUGGACUUCCUGAUGUACAAGUCUGGGGUGUACCAGCACGUCACAGGAGAGUUGGUGGGGGGCCACGCCAUCCGCAUCCUGGGCUGGGGAGUGGAGAACGACACCCCCUACUGGCUGGUUGGCAACUCCUGGAACACUGACUGGGGUGACAGUGGCUUCUUUAAAAUCCUCAGAGGACGGGAUCAUUGUGGAAUCGAAUCUGAAAUCGUGGCUGGAAUCCCAUGCACUCAUCAGUACUAGAUCUAACCUCCUGUGGGCCUGUCCACUGGCCCUGGGGCCAUUUUUCUCUAAAUAUAGCCAUUUGGACUGGGGAUCAGGUGGGGGGUAGGAAUGUCUUUUAUUCUUUGAGCUAUGAUGAGAUACAAGGGUUUUCAGACAGGGCCUGAAGGACUGGAUUGGGCCAAGCCUCGUGGGUGCCAUCAGCACUGUCUUCCAAGGAGAUGUAGCCAAGGCCUACCCAGGGGAUGGACAGCUGUCGCAUCGCAAACACUUAGGCGCGUAAGCCACUGCCAGAGUAGGGCGAGUCUUCCCCAGAGACCAGCAGGGCUGUGCCUGCUGUCCCCGCUCCUGCCACCUGCACGCCCCCGCCUCUGCAUCACCGGGGAGCCAGACAGACCUGCAGGGUUGGUAGGUUUCCCAAAGGAGUGGAGAGCAGAGCUUCUAGCUAGAUGGAUUCCCACACAAGCAGACAGCUUCCCACAAGCAGCUUUCUGGAAUAGGCUGAGAAGAGAGAGGGGGGGGCAUGGGGGCAGCCCUCGGGAGAAAGCCACGCUCUCCCAGGGCCCCUGCACCUGUCGAGCUUCGCAGCAUGGCUCACCCUCUCUGGUCUUGUCCUUGGCGUGAUUCUUAGGUUUUCUUUUUCAUGUACCUCGGCUGAUGAUGUGAAUGAGAGUCUCAUAGCUGGAAGGUCUGUACUAGCUGUACAGAUUGUCUCCUUCAAACUGGAUUUUAUGUGACUGACCUGCAGCCCUCUGUUACCACAGCGAAACUAGUUUGGGGGAGAAGCCAGCUUCUACUGUUGAAAAUCACUGCUUCACCCUGUUAUUAUAACAAGGAAAGGAAUGACUGCCAAUAAAAUCCCUCUCCUUCACUGUGAAGUCUGUUCUGGUGGCAUCUCGAAGAUUGUCUGUCACUGUCUGUAGACUUUUAGCUGCUGUCCUUCCUCAUCCCUCAAAAGGAAUCAUGUUCCCAUGGAUUUGGUGCCCUUGAACCUCUAACCAGGAAUCUCUUGCCUGAGUUGAGUGGAACAAAAUAAACACCUAAUUUUAACGUCA